AUGGCUGCCGUCCUCAACAACCUCUUUGGAGGCAGCAAGUCCUCGGCCACUCCGGUACCUUCCGGUGACUCUGACUUCGCCGACUUCGCCGGGGCUCCUGACCCGACCCCGUUGCCGCUGACUGCGACCGGCGGCUCGACGCUCGGCGGAGCGCAGGCUUCUGUCACUGCCCGUCCCUACACGAAAUGGUACCGGGUCCACGAGCGCCACUCGCUGGACGAGUUCUACUCGGAGGGCAUCAUUCUGGGCGUCAUCGCGGUCAUUGUCGUCUUGCAUCUCUUUGGUGCGCGAAUGAACCGCUCCAAGGCGCGGUCAUGGAUCAGGGCGCAUGCCAAACCUCUUGCCUCUGAGUUUGCGCUCGUGGGCUUCGGGAGCCUGCCUGCCAACGCGGCCGACAACGCCAGCGACGAGGUCUUGAAGGAGCUGAAGAACGCCAAUGAGGCCAACCCCAACUCCCUCCUCAAGGAGAAGUCUCUUUUCGAGUUCGCCACAUAUGCCACUGGUCGCCAGAACGUUGCCUUCCUGGAUGUCAAACUCACCCUUCUGAAGCGCUUCAACCCCAUCACCACCAUCUUUGAGCAGGUCAUGGGCUUCUUCGUUGAGAGCGCUGGCACGCCUGAGGACAACCUCGAGGCUGUCAUCUACCCCUUCGAUGGCAAGGAGGCGCUCACUGUUCCCGGUCUCCCUGGCGCACACGAGGGCAAGGCCAAGGACUCGAAGAGUGCUUUCGACGGUUUCGUCUGGGCCCUGGUCAGCAAGGACCACAUGAAGCAGAUUCGCGACGACCGCUACGAUGUUUCUCUGACCUACACCAAGGACCACCCCAAGCUACCCUCCUGGCUCUCGGUCAUGAGCGAGAGUGCUGAGAUCACCGACGCUCUGCUCACUCCUGAACUGAUCAAGGCUGCUCAGGAUGCUGGCGACAACUUCCAGUAUCUCAUUGUCUCUGAUCAGCCUGUCGACAAGCCCAAGACUAUCGACGAGACCACCCCUCGCAAGCGGAUCUUCCUGAGGUACAAGCUGCCCUCGAACAACAACUACGAGUCCCUUGUGCCGCUCUUCAGCUACUUCAUCCGCAUGCCUGAUGCCCUGGUUCAGUCUGGCCGCUUCCGGCCCGAGGUUCUGCGCAAGGUUAAGAACGUGCGCGAGGAGAUGAUCAAGCAGCUCCGAAAGGCCGACGAGGAGGAGAAGGCCGAGGAGCGUGCUGCCGAGCGCGAGAAGGCGCGCAAGCAGAAGCGCGAUGCCGAGCUCAACGCCCUCGACGCCAAGGCCCAGAAGAAGUACCUGGAGAAGGAGAGGGAGAAGGAGAUGCGCAAGAUGCAGAAGAGGCAGACUACUCGUGCGUAA